UUUAAAAUUCUCUUUAAAAUAUAAAUUUAAAUAAACAUUAUAGAAUGUAUAAAGAUCUUGCUGCUGUUGCAUUUGAAUUGCAUUAUUGCAAUGAUUUACGCUAGAGUACGUAGUUAAUAAGAUUGGAUUUUGAAAUAAAUUAUAUUUUUUUUCGAUGGCAAAAAAAUGUUGUUAUUUAAUGGUAUUAAAUAACGGAGAUUAGAGAAAUUUAUUAUGAAUAUAAAAAGUGAGGGACUUCAUCGAGUGCUUUGACAUUUUAAUUUAAAAAAAAUUCAGAAAGUAUAGUCAAUCGAUUAGGCUUGUGAAUGACUGUUCAUACGUACGCAUAAUGCACGACAUUUAUCAAAUACGAUUGUUCUAAUUCCUAUUAUAUAGAUAUAAUAUAUAUAUUUAAUUAUCUUUAUCGAAUAAAAACGAAUGGGACUUGAGAUACGUAUUCCAUAGAUAUCUAUGGAAUUCCGAGUAAUAAGGAAACGCUCGUUAAGAAUUUAGCACCAAACAAUAUCGUAUUACGAUAUUAAAACUGCAAUAGAUUAGUAAUGCGAUAUAUAGUCACUGGAUUAUUUAUUAAUACAAUGCGUCUUUUUACUGGCUCGUGCCUUUAUCAUGGUUUUUCGACCGUAAAUUAUUGCAUCGUUCAGCAGUAAUUUAAUCGGACUGUAUAAAGCUCGUAAAACUCGUUACAAUUUUUUCUCUUUUAUUUUUUUGUUUUCAUGUUUAUUUUUUGCCUUUUUUCUUUUUUUAUAAAUUACAAUCAAAUUAACUAAUCAAUAGAUUUUAUUUGUUAUUCAUUCACCCCCUUAUACGAAACGAAGUGUUAGAGAUAGAUUCGUGAAUAAUCAUAGAUAUUAAAACAUUAUAACGUGAGCGUUAGGUUGCACGUUCAUCGUGCCUUAAUAAUGAAUGCAGCUCGAAAUGGAUGCCACGUCGGAAAGUUGCAUUUAAGGGUCGUUAAAAAAGAAAGAGAAAGAGAGAGAAAGAAAGAAAGAGAGAGAGAGAGAGAGAGAAAGAGGGAGAGGGAGAAUUAUUCUUUCACGUGUGGGAAGUACUGAAGACAAUGCUUUUCGAUACAAAGAGAGAGAGACUACCCGUGAGAGUUUCAGCUAAUUUUUAUCGUUAACUUCUUACCUCCUUCCUUAUCCGUUGAUUUAGCAAAAAUCGGUUGUUACUCUUAUAUAUCUUUAAUAUUUUUCCUUUAACUUGUCCUUUCUUUUAUACCUUAACACCGUUUUUUCCCUACGUCAUCUUUCAUCUUUUCUUUUUUCUCUUUUUUCUGUAAUUUUUUUUUGUUCUUUCAUACGAUAAAAUUUAUAAGACAUUUUUGAUACCUUAUAUAUUGCUUUUCGCUAUUAUCGAUCAUGUGCGGAGAUAAUGUAUGUAUAAAUAAGACAUAUUAACGAAAUAAUGGAAGAAGAAAUACUUAAUAUCAUUUAGUUGGACAACUUUCAUGACCGAUACGUCAAUUUUUCCAUGAAAGAACACUAUUUUGCAAUGAUAAUAUUGGAAUUCGUUUGCGGAAAGAUUCGCAAACAAGAUAUUUAUUCUGAGUACGAAGAGUACGAAGCGAGACUAGUUUAAAAAUAGAUAUGUGCGCCAGUACAAGUAAGACCAUUGGGCAGCGUAGGUGUGUGUGCUUUUGUGAAUAUUUCUGAUAGAAAUCGACGAUAGAGUUCUUAUAUUGGAAUAAAAGAAAAACAUACAGACGUAUACACGAAUUUGAAAAUAAAAAAGAAAAAUAUAUAAGUCCGAAGUUCGAUGAUGAUAGUGCAACCAAUCAAAGUUUCGUAGAAUGCUGGUAUCUUGCCACGAGAGAUGCGGAAGCGAUACGCGGUGCCCUGUAUGUCGGCUUGGCUCUUACGAUCGCCUGGAUAAUCGGCGCAGCUGGUCUGUCGUUAGCCUGGUUGGUCCUAAUUCUGGCAUUGGUUGGUACGAUCAUGAAGGCGAGAAUAUCGCGUCUACUUCAAAUGGGUCUACAACACGAACUGUCGAGGUUAAGAAAAAGACGUGCCUUGUACAAAGACGAAACUGCCGAAUGGCUUAGUUUGUUGAUCAACAGAUGGUGGAGAUUUAGCGCGGCAAGUAUAUUUUCAUUAGCUAAAGAACAUUUAGAGCCUUUGUUGAACGAAGCCAAACCUGGAAUAUUGGGACCGUUAGAGUUACGGGAACUUACUCUUGGGGAGCAAACACCAUAUGUAACACGCGUGAGGACUCUGGAAUAUAGUUGCGAAGAUGAAACGUUGGACGGUCAUUCAAGAGAGAAAAAACUAUCAAUCAAGGCCGAUGUACGAUUGGACUGCGAGCAAUUUCGCAUGCUCAUAGUAUCCGGGAGUCUCUUUGGCGUUGGCAUGGAUGUCGAUAUAGCCGUGGAAAAGCUGACCCUCUCCGGAACGAUUCUCAUCACUCUGACCCUGAAUUCUCUGGCACCGUUUCCACAUGCGACUAGGCUUAGCGUGAGCUUCUUGGAGAAACCGGAAGUUUGGUUCAGCGUGAGAAUCCUACGAACCGUGCAAAUGAUGGAAAUACCUUUAAUCAAGACCUGGAUUCAUGCUGUAGUUACCGAUGCUUUGGCAAGUUGGCUCGUUGAUCCGGGUCAUCUCGAAUUGAAUUUAAGAGCUCAGGAAAGACCUGGCCCUGUAUUGGAUUCUUUGGCUAAUUCAAUACCGCAAGGUGUACUGACCGUUGUAUUGAGUCAAGAUGGUUCACCACCUAUCAUAGGCGAUGAAGUAAGAUGGCUGGUAGUGACCAUAGGGGAUCAACGUCGUGUCACGUCACAUCUGAAUCCAACUUGGACGGAGGACGUUUCGUUUCUGGUCGGACCAUUGGACAACGAAAGGAUCACGAUCAAAUUGAAGACGAAGAGGCUCGUCAGUACUAUCACUUUAGCCCAAUUUGAAUUGGCACUUGGCGUUUACAAUUGGGAGAAUUCUCAAAUCAUUGAAACCGCAAUACAACAAAAAAAACCUUCUCGUAGCAGUUCAAACAUUCCAAAUAUUAAUGCUCGAUUAGAAUAUACGCCCAUUCCUAAUUUGGAACCGGAUUUGCCACGACCUGAAUUAACCGAGGAUAUGUUACACAAUGCAGGUGUCCUCGUGGUUUAUAUCCAUUCUUCAGAAAAUCUUAACUGUGAUACUUCACAAUGCAAUCCUUACUGUAUGUUGUUUAAUAACCGAAAGAAGGUGAAAACUACACACUACGUUCGUAAUACUACCUCUCCGCGUUGGGAAUGUAGAGCACAAUUUCUCGUACAAGAUUAUACUCAAGUUUGUCUUAGCUUUGUUAUAUAUUCUUGGAAUAUAUCGAAGUCUUGUGAUUCGGAUAUGCUUGGGCUUGCUAUGAUGUCAUUAACCCAGGAAUCAACAUGGGUACUUAGAAAAGAAUUAACUCUGAAUGGUACAAACAGUGUUUCCACUAUGACGGUUUCCGUAUUAUUUUAUCCCGUAAAGAGUGUACAACAAGUAGUUACCAGUCGUAGAAGCAGUAUGGUUCCCGUUGCAUCGGAUGAUGAACCGAAAUUAAAGAGAAAUAGUUUACCUUGGAUGCAACAAGCUAAAUUAUUAUUAACUCACAAAGACAUCGACCCUGCUUCUUCCGAUAUAUCGAGUCUUCUAUCCACUGGAAGUGGCUUAAUGGAAGUGACAUUAUUACGCGCUAAGGAUUUGGUUGCGAAAGAUUUAAAUGGCUUUAGCGAUCCAUUCUGUGAGCUUAAAUUAAAUAACGAAACAAAGUACAAAAGUAGUAUAAAGAAGAAAACGUUGAAUCCAUGUUGGGAUGAGAGCUCUAUAAUGGGUCUACCUCGGUCAGGAGAAAAUUUAGAUAUUGUCCUAUGGGAUCAUGAUACUUUUGGUAUGAAAGAUUAUUUGGGUAAAGUAUCAUUGACUCUCGACGAUAUAAGAAAACUUUCCAAUAGUGAUCAGUCUCAUUGGUUCACGUUAAAGGGAACCAAAACGGGAUCUGUUGAGCUAAAAAUCAAAGUUCUCUCCGAGGAAUAUGAGACUCAAAGCACAUACGCAGCUAGUAAUGCGAGCGAGGGUUCUUCUCGUUACAAUAUAGAAACCGAAUCAAUAUCUAACAUCAUAAGAAGGCCAUCAAUGGAAAAAUCUAAAAUGAAGUUACAUUUGGAUCCUGUUAUCCCACCACCACCACCUCCACGUACUGUUACUUUACUCAAACCCACGACGUCCAAUCAGUCUGAUAAAACCAAUAUAACAAGUAAAGAAUCAAACGAAAUGAACGGUAAUCAAAAUUCUUGGAUGUCCAGAGUAGUGAAUGAAUCCAUUACCGAUGUAGUCGACAUGGUAGAAGCUCCAAAAAUAAGGGAAAGACGAUCGUCUCAUCAUAGUUUAACACCCAGUCCUGAACAAAACUUUGGCAAGAAGCUACCACAGUACAAUAGCUUCCGCGUUAUGAAACAAAAGGUCAAGAGAGGAUUGAAACUCCGCAGAUUCCGUUCGGAAGUAAAUAUAGAAGAUAAUAAAAACGAAAGCAAGGGUAUUACGUUGAGUUUAGAACCUAGGGGCGGUGGUGAAGCUGAUGCUACGGAAUUGUUACAAGGAGCUGGUUUAGCACAUGCUGUUUCGCAACCUGAUAUGCUUGGUAGAAUAAGACAGCCUAGUCCACGUUUACGAAUAAGACCAAAUGAAUUGAAAAUUGUUAAUGGCACCAGAGAAAGAUAUUCGGGUGUGGAGGGCAAAGUUUUGCAAGCACAGGGACUUCACGUAGCUCACAUUGCUCAGCUAUAUUGCCGAGUUAAAUUUCAAACAUGUAACAGUCCAGAGAAAAUGUCAUCCUCUGCUAAUGCCGGCAAAACAAUAGCGAAGUCACGACUAUUACCGGCAAUGCCAAAUCCGCAAUUCAGUAUAGACUUUCAUAUAGAAAGUGACAGCGUUCCGAGGCAAGCUUUACUCAUAUUCGAAAUUAGAGGUGCCAGUAAGGAAUUACUGGCAAGUCGACGUAUCACGUUGCACGAAUUAUUAGGCGUAUCAGUUGCGAGCAACGAAGUGCAUACCUGGUUGGCGUUGAACAAUGGAGCUUCAUUAGAAAUUCAAAUCGCUCAUGGAAGAGAAUUAAAAAACAAAUCGUCGAAGAAAUUAUUUCGUUCAUGGUCCGUACAUCGGAUAGGGAAAAUAUGAGGGUUGGCCAAAGUCAGAAUUAUCUGACAGUGUUUCCAUUGAAAUUCUUUUUCUUUCUUUUUUUCUAAAUCUCUAAUCAAAAUCAAUUGGGCAUACGUAUAUUUCGAAAAAAGAAAAAUCGAUUUAAUUCCAUGACUAAUCGCUAGGACAGAGUACCAAUGCUUUUUUAAUAUUUCAACUCCCAGUUCUAACGUAACGAAUCUCAUUACGAAUUAUACUCAAGAGGAUCAUCUCAAAUAUUUGUUAUUGUAAUAUCUCGUUUGUAUUAUAAAAAAUAUGCGCAUAAAUGUUUAUACGUUAAGAUAAGUUAUAAAGAAUAUCUUAUAUAUCGAAGCUCGAAGCUCAUCUCUCUCUACAUUUAAAAUUUUAAA